AUGAAGCUGGAGGUGUUUUCCCAGCACUACGAGGACAAGCUGAGCGCCGGCAGCGACCAGGAAGGCAGCGGCUCGCUGUCGCCGGCGCCGGCCGAGAGCGAGCUGGGCUCCGACGGCGACUGCGCCGCCAACAGCCCCGGCGCCGCGGCUGCCCCCCCGGGGCGCCCGCCGCCGCCCGCCGCCCCGCAGCCGCCGCCGCCGCCGCCGCCGGCCGAGAGCGGCAAGGGGAAGCCCUACACGCGGCGGCCCAAGCCGCCCUACUCCUACAUCGCGCUGAUCGCCAUGGCCAUCCGGGACUCAGCCGGCGGCCGCCUGACCCUGGCCGAGAUCAACGACUACCUGAUGAGCCGCUUCCCCUUCUUCCGCGGCGCCUACACGGGAUGGCGCAACUCCGUGCGCCACAACCUCUCGCUCAACGACUGCUUCGUCAAGGUGCUGCGCGACCCGGCGCGGCCCUGGGGCAAGGACAACUACUGGAUGCUCAACCCCAGCAGCGAGUACACCUUCGCCGACGGCGUCUUCCGCCGCCGCCGCAAGCGCCUCAGCCGCGCCGCCCCGCCGCCGCCCGCCCGCCCGCCGCCGCCGCCGCCGCCGCCGCAGGAGGAGGCCGGAGCGGGCGCCGCGUCGCCCGGCGGCUCCCCGCGGUGCUGCUGCUCCUCGUCGCCGUGCAGCUGCGCGCCGCGGCCCGCCAAGGCGGCGGCGGCGGCGGGCGGCGGCGGCGCCAAGUUCUCCAGCUCCUUCGCCAUCGAGAGCAUCCUGCGGCGGCCAGCGGGGCCCAGCGCCGCCGAGCCGCCCGCCCCGCACGCCCGCCUCCUCUGGCCGCCGCCGCCGCCCGCCGCCCCGCACCUGCUGCCCGGCGCCUUCCCGCUGCUCCCGUACCCGCCCGCGGCCCCGCUCGGCGGCGGCGGCCUCCUGCAGCUCUGCGCCUACGGGCUGGGCGAGCAGCCGCUGCUGCUGGCCCCCGGCGAGCCGCCGCCGGCCGAGCGCCCGCGGCCGCCGCUCUUCCCCGCCGCCCUCGCCAAGGGCGUGCGGGCGCCGCCGCCCGCCUCCCCCCUCUAUUGCCCCCUGCGGCUGCCCGGACCGCUGCAGCCGGCGUCGGGAAGCGCUGCCUCUUACCAGCCGUACCCCAUGGAGACCCCCUUGGCUUAA